AAACAUGUCAGGAUCCAGCAAGCUACCUUCCAUCCCCCUCUUACUCUCAGUCCUCUUAACUUCCGGGAGGACAUUCUACCAGACACUAGCGCACCUCGUCAAACACCUUGACUCCGCCGGUCUGGCACCAACAGCCUUCUCCAUAAUCACCCCUAUAUGCCUCCUCGCUGCCAAGUUUGACAAUACUGUGUCGUCAAUCAUCGAAAAGUUCGAUUCUGUGCUGUUCUACGCAAGCUGGACUAUACGGUAUGGAACGGGCGCGCGCGAAUAUAAAAUGUUCGAAGACGACCUCCUACAAAUUGGGAAUACCUGCAGGCUCGUGAGGGAAGAGCUCGUCCCCGCCAACUUGGACAGGAUCGAACUUCCCCUCAUAUCCAUACUCCGUGGGCCGUGCGGAUUGGAGACCUUCCUUCGCUUCGUCAAGCAUAUCCCGGGGUUUUGGUCCGUGCGGAUCGACCUUCUCCAGAUAUUAUGUCCUCGCUCUAUACUUCCUGUAGGGCAAUGGUGACCUGCCUCGAUUGUAUUCGCGCCUCUUCCAAGACAAGGAAUGAGUUUCUCAGCAUCAAGGUCGCUCGGACUUGGUUUGGUGCUUGUCAGCCGUGUGACGGAUUCGCGAUCUGGUCUGCGCUGCCAUAUCGAUCUGGAGGCAUACCUACCCAGGCCGCGUUACUCCUACUAUUACUGAUACGAGUAUAGUCCCUCUGAUAGAUAACAGUG